AUGUGGUGGUGUGGUCAGUUUGGUAUGGUGUUGUGGCGUUAUGGUGUUGGAAAGUCGGGACAGUCUGGUAUGGUUUGGUGGCGUUAUGGUGUCGGAAAAUCGAUCAGUCUGUCUGGUAUGAUGUUGUGGCGUUAUGGUGUCGGAAAGUCGGGUCAGUCUGGUAUGGUUUGGUGGCGUUAUGGUGUCGGAAAGUCGAUCAGUCUGGUAUGGUUUGGUGGCGUUAUGGUGUCUGAAAGUCGGUCGGGUCAGUCUGGUAUGGUGUUGUGGCGUUAUGGUGUCGGAAAGUCGAUCAGUCUGGUAUGGUUUGGUGGCGUUAUGGUGUCGGAAAGUCGAUCAGUCUGGUAUGGUGUUGUGGCGUUAUGGUGUCGGAAAGUCGAUCAGUCUGGUAUGGUGUUGUGGCGUUAUGGUGUCGGAAAGUCGAUCAGUCUGGUAUGGUGUUGUGACGUUAUGGUGUCGGAAAGUCGGGUCAGUCUAGUAUGGUGGUAUGGCGUUAUGGUGUCGGAAAGUCGGGUCAGUCUGGUAUGGUUUGGUGGCGUUGUGGUGUCUGAAAGUCGGGUCAGUCUGGUAUGGUGUUGUGGCGUUAUGGUGUCGGAAAGUCGAUCAGUCUGGUAUGGUGUUGUGGCGUUAUGGUGUCGGAAAGUCGGGUCAGUCUGGUAUGGUUUGGUGGCGUUAUGGUGUCGGAAAGUCGAUCAGUCUGGUAUGAUUUGGUGGCGUUAUGGUGUCUGA